UAAAAGAGAGAGAAACACUUUUUGUUGUCUUUCCGAAAGCCACUCCUCAAGCUAUCCGCUGCAUACAAGACCAACCAACCAAUGGCCAGAGCCUCCCUGGGCUACUUACCACCUCUCUCCUACUUCCGCCACGUGUCCCAUCUCCACAGCUACACUCGCCUCUCCGCCUUCUCCUCGCUCCCCGUCACCUCAUCCGCCGCCCCCAUGGCCCACCCGUCCCUCGAAAUCCUCGGCGGCGCCCGCGACCUCUUCCUCCCCGUCCUCACCACCCUGACCCGACCCUACGACCCGUAUCCCGUAAUCGGGUCGAACCGCCACGUCGAGACCAUAUUCGCUUCGUUCUACAGGUCCACUCCCGACGUCAGGCUUCGCCGAGAGUGCCUCCGUACUGCAGACGACGGCGCCGUCGCCCUCGACUGGGUCUCCGGCGACGACCGCCUCUUGCCCCUCGAUUCCCCUCUCGUCAUUCUCCUGCCGGGUUUAACUGGAGGGAGUGAUGACUCGUAUGUCAGGCACAUGUUGCUUCGCGCCAAAAGUAAAGGGUGGCGGGUUGUGGUGUUCAACAGCCGCGGUUGCGGCGGCAGCCCUGUGACAACUCCUCAGUUCUAUUCGGCUUCAUUUUUAGGAGAUAUGUGCGAAGUAGUGGCUCAUGUUGGUACUCGGUAUCCAAAAGCUAAUCUGUAUGCUGUUGGUUGGUCUCUUGGCGCUAACAUUCUCGUUCGCUACUUGGGUCAGGAAUCUAAUGCAUGCCGUCUUUCUGGUGCUGUCUCGUUGUGUAAUCCUUUCAAUUUGGUCAUUGCAGACGAGGACUUCCAUAAGGGCUUUAAUAAUGUUUAUGACAAAGCUCUUGCAAGUUCACUCUGCAAAAUUUUCAAGAAGCAUGCUCUACUUUUUGAAGACAUGGAUGGUGAGUAUAAUAUUCCAUUGGCUGCCAAUGCAAAGACCGUCAGGGAGUUUGAUGACGGACUAACUCGUGUUUCAUUUGGCUUCAAGUCAGUAGAUGACUACUACUCUAAUUCCAGUAGUUCAAAUUCCAUAAAGGAUGUCUGCACACCAUUGCUUUGCAUUCAGGCGGAAAAUGAUCCAAUUGCUCCAAAUAGGGGAAUUCCUCGUGAGGAUAUCAAGGACAAUCCAAACUGCUUGUUGAUAGUGACACCCAAAGGUGGCCAUCUAGGGUGGGUUGCAGGUGCUGAAGCUCCAUUUGGAGCACCUUGGACUGAUCCGGUCGUCAUGGAUUUCCUUGAGCAUCUGCAGAGAGGAAAAUUUGAAGCCUUUUCAUCUAGUAAUUUGGAAGGCGCGCACCGAAGUUCAGAGGGCUUGCACAGCUUGGAAGUAUAGUUGGAUAUAUCUUCGUUGUUGCUAUAUACAUUCUUUAUCAGAUGGCAGUCUUAAAAAUGCGAUGGAAUAUGAUCAAAUACAAUACAAAUAAGCUAAAAUCAUUCGAUUCUUUGUACUUGUAUGCUGUCGAACAUUGACAGCUUAGCGGGCAUUCAUGCCUUGGGUCGAUGUUUUUCAAAUUCUGAUGUACCUCGUGUAAUCCAUGGGAGAAAACUUCACCAGUAUUACGUUCUUGUAGUCUUCGUCAUUGUGAAAGGUGUAAUUGUACGCUGCUCUCAACGUCUAUAAUAUUCUGAAGAAAACUUCUUCAGUAUUUAAGUU